ACCCAAUAUUUUUCUUAUCAUUCUCGCUCUCUCCGACUGAAUCAAUCCUGACGCCCAGACCAAGAAUCGUCGUUACACGCAAGUUGAUUUGAUAAGCCUUUGACCACUUCAUCGUUUCUGAUCCUUCUUCCUCUGUCUCCGAAUUUCAGGAUUUUAAGAUGAAUGGGAGGAUGGGCAGGCGGGGCUAUAAAGAGCCAAUGCUAACGCGGAUGGUGACUUCUGUGUUCAAUUUUGUGCGGGUUGCGGAGUUUGAGAUAUUGUUCUUCCUUUUCUUCUUCAUUGCCUUCCUCAUCUUCAAGGACCUGACAUCUCGGCCUGAAUACAACCAAAUCCUCGCAAAGAAGCCAGGCGGGAUCAGUUUGUGGCCUUACUAGCUCAAACUACAUGUAUUUUCUCUUUCAUUUUAUUUUUUUUUUCCGUCUUUCUUCCGCACUCGCGGUAAAUAGCUUGCUAUGUAUGAUGAACUUGAGAUUAGGAUGAUUGGGGAGAUGUAGAUUUUUGAAAUUAUCACCAAAAACUAAUCUUUAACUGUGAUCUCACUCUUGUAUGCUGGGAUUAUGGAGUCAUUCUUUGUUUUAUGUUUGA